AUGUCGCAACAGAAAACAGAGACGGCCUUCUAUAUCACAGUCUACUUGAAUCCUGAUAAACUUCAAGACUGGUUCGAAGCUAGCAAGCCUGUUUUUGAGAAAGUCAAAGCAGAGAAUGGCCUCGUGUUCUUCGAGAUGUACCAGGUUCCGGAUACGCCGGGAACUGUCUGUUGGGUCGAGAAAUGGUCUCAGCCGCUUGACUGGCUGAUGCAGAAUCAGAUGAACAAGGACUACUACAAGGAUUACUUCUCGGCGACCGAGGCCAUGUACACUAAACCGCGCGAGGUGAAGGUACUUAGCCCUGUUGGUCCUCCGUUCUGCCACUCGUAA